AUGAAGAAAUUAUGUCAUUAUUUAAAUGAGCUUGAUCUGUUUGGAUGUGAUAUCAAAUGGAAAGUAGAUGGUGAAAAAAAAUUUAAAAGUAAAUUCGGUUCAAUUGUAUCUCUAUGUCUUAUGGCGUUAUUAACAUAUUCAUUCUAUCUAUUUAUCUAAGAAAUGAAUGAGGGGAAAAAUGCCUCAUUAAACUAAAAGGAUGGUCUUCUCAAUGAGAAUGAGGUAAACAUUGUAAAAAUUUAGGGUUUAACUUUUGAAUCUACAGAUUUCUUAUUUUAAGUUGGAAUAGUUGAUACUUAUGGUAAUUAUAUUUCAAAUGAAUAAAAUGAGAUCUUCAAUGUUAUUUUCUAUUAUUGCGAAUAGGUAGAUUUAAAAACCAAUUGUGACUUUAUACCUAGUGUGCCAUGCAAUACCUUAAAAUAGAGCCUAAGUGAUGUAUAAAUAGCUAUAAUUUAAGGAUAUAACUUAAAGAAAUUCUUAUUGUAUGAAUCCCCAAUAUCUAUAGGAGAGGCAAAACUUUACUUUGAAAGGGUCCUUAAGAAUGAGCAAUUUUUCAAUCUUAGGUGCUUUAAUCAAAGUUUGUGAAAAUUCAACAGAUUACUCAAGUAAAUUUACAUUUAAAUGAAGACUGUGCACCAAAAGAAGAAAUAUAUUAAUAUUUAGCCAGUUCUAAUUUAUUUUACUCAUACACUUCUUAUUCUUUCAAUAAGGAACUCGAUGGAAGUCCCUAUGCAAAAUUUAUAAAUACAGAAACUAGUACUUUAUAUUCUCAUACUACCAAACAUAUUAAAGUUUAAUAAAAAUUUUCUCAAGCAAAAACUAAUAUUAACCCUUUUUAUUUUUUUCCUUCUGAAACUACCUAUAAUGCAAUAGAAUAUGAUAGAACAAUUUACGACACUUAAUACAACGAUGGAAAUUCAAAUUUACAGGCUGACAUAGUAAUAUUGCUUACCCAUACAUAAUAAAUAUAUUACAUCCAAUAUUAAACUUUAAUGGAUGUUUUAGCUAAAGUUGGAGGUCUAUACACAGUUUUAAAGAUGAUACUUGAUUUUAUAGUUUUACCAAUUUAAUAAUUACUUCUAAAUUUUUAUUUACUCAAGACUUUAGAGUCUUUAAAAUAAAGUAUGACCUAAAAUAUUAAAACUAAAUAAGCAAACAAUUUUUCUAUUUUUAAUUUGAUUAAGGAUAAGAAAGUCAGAAAACAUUAUUAAGAUGAAAAUAUAUAAAUAGAAAAGGCAUUAAGCAUUGAUGAAAUAUUACAUAUGCAGUUGAAAUUAGAGAAGUUGCAAACAUUAUACUUAAAAAAAUAAAAUUUAUCUAAUAUUUAAUUAAAAGAUUUAAUGGAAGAAAAUCCUAGUCCUCAUUCUCAGACGCCAGUAUUAAGUUGCUAAGCUUAGAAGAUUGAAAAUAUACCUUUAAAUAGCUUAGAAAAAUGA